ACAUGGCGCCGAGAUGAAGGUGGGAAAGACGGACGGGGUGUUCAAAUCUUUUGUGAGGAGCGAAGGAUCAGUGCUGAGUGCUGAGAAAGGAAAACUCUGAGCCGAGAGACAGAGACGCGCCGCGGUUAUUUCGACGACCAGAGUGUUUUGAGUCCAGUCCCAACGAGAGACUGUUCUCUGGCCAAACUGUGCUGUGAUGGAGAAGCCAGUCUUACAGACGCACCAUUCUGUGCUGCCGUUCUUCGAUACAGCCCAUGCUGUCAACCUGCUGUGCGGCAUUCACGAGCUGCGUGCCGAAUGCAAGUUUUUCGACGUGACGCUGUGCGCUGAGGGAAAGGAGUUCCACUGCCACCGAACCGUUCUAGCCGCUGCCAGUACCUACUUCCGUGCUAUGUUUGCCGGUACGCUCCGCGAGAGCGCUAUGGACAGAGUGGCACUACACGAGGUCUCUGCUGAGCUGCUCGGCCUUCUUGUAGACUUCUGCUACACGGGCCGUGUGACCAUCACAUGUGACAACGUGGACGUGCUGCUUAAGGCGGCUGACCUUUUUCAGUUCCCGUCAGUCAAGGCAGCGUGCUGCUCUUUCCUGGAGCAGUGCCUCGAUGUCUCCAAUUGCCUGGAGAUCCAGGACUUUGCUGAGGCCUAUGCCUGUAGUGAGCUGGCCAUUAGUGCCCGCCGCUUUGCACUCAACAAUAUUAUGGCUCUGGCCAAGGGCCAGGAGUUUGAGCGUCUACCCUGGAAACGCUUAUUGGAACUCGUAUCCGAUGAUGCAUUACGUGUGGAUAAGGAGGAAGCAGCUUACCAGAUGGCGGCACGCUGGGUUAAUGCUGACCCACGGAGACGGCUCCAGUACUGGCCCGAGCUCCUGCAGCAGGUUCGCUUGCCUUUCGUUCGACGCUUCUUCCUGCUUGCCCGCGUCGAGAGCGACCCACUUGUCUAUCUGACACCAGAAUGUCUUCGCCUGGUGGGCGAGGCCCGCAGCUUCCAGUCAGGAGAGUACGACCGGCAUGACCGUCCAUGCCAGCGCAUGCGCCCUCGUCCUUCUACCGGUCUCGCUGAGAUCCUGGUUGUGGUCGGAGGUUGUGAUCAAGACUGUGAUGAACUUGUGACCGUCGACUGCUUUAACCCACAGACAGGCCAGUGGAGAUACCUGGCCGAGUUUCCUGACCAUCUUGGAGGAGGCUACAGUAUAGCAGCAUUAGGCAAUGAUGUGUAUGUCACAGGUGGUUCUGAUGGCUCACGCCUCUAUGAUGGCGUGUGGCGCUACAACUCGAGUGUGAAUGAGUGGACCGAGGUGUCGCCCAUGCUCAAGGCCCGCGAGUACCACAGCUCCUGUGUGGUGAAGGGCCAGCUCUACGUGGUGGCCUUGGACAGCACGGAGCGCUACGACCAUGCCCUGGACUGUUGGGAGCCACUGGCACCCAUGCUGCACCCCAUGGACAACUGUUCAACAACAGCAUGCGGUGGGCGUCUCUAUGCCACCGGCUCGUUCACUGGUGAGGACACCAUGGCCAUCCAGUGCUACGAUGUCGACACUAACCGCUGGAACCUGGUCAACUGUGGCCAGCUGCCUCCUUGGUCCUUCGCCCCCAAAUCGGUGACUCUCAACGGACUCAUCUACUUUGUGAGGGAUGACUUGGCAGAAAUUGACAUCUAUGAUCCACAGAAGAAUAAAUGGGAUACCAUUAGCCCAAUGAACCAAGUACAUGUGGGUGGUAGCGUGGCAGUUCUGGGAGGACGCCUCUAUGUGUCUGGUGGCUAUGACAACACAUUUGAGCUGUCUGAUGUGGUUGAGGUGUACGACCCCGGCGCUCGUUCAUGGAGCCUGGCCGGCCGCCUUCCCCAGCCCACCUUCUGGCAUGGAAGUGUGAGUAUCUUCCGCCAGUUCAUGCCCCUUGUGCCGGUCGACAUACCCGAGGUAGACGACACCUACUUGCACUUGCACCGUCCCCAUCGCCACCACCAGGCUCUUCAAGAGCUCAACAACGAGCUUAACCAGAACCAUCGCAAUCGGGAGGUGAACCAGGCACACUGAUGUUACUGUUGAACUCGAUACUAAAUGCACACUUUACCAUAUUCACCUCAUCGGAGAGCGAGGAACAUGAACAGACAGUUCCUUCUUCUCUCCUUGCUUGCCUCUUUAAAUUCAUUUCCGUUAUGCUUUGGCCAGAUGUGUCUGGGAUUUGUGCUGACACCAACAUAUUUCUCGCUACACUACUCCUAAUAUCAGCAUUAAAAUUAAAUGAAAUGAAAAGCACUGAACUGCAUGAUGUACACUAGUUCAGAAUAAUACUUCAGAAAAGCUGGAAGUAAUUAGAUAAAAGCGCUGUGAUGCUUUAAUAAAAAUGCAUAUACAUGUUAAAAACGUGUAUUCUACCUACAUUCAUUGGAUAUGAGCAAUCGGGUGCUCUGAUUGGCUACUCUACUACUAGGAUAUCAGCUCAUAUACCGUGAGUAGAGGAAAACAAAAUGGCAGAGCUGUUGCUGAACCAGCCGAGGAUGAAAUAAACACUACUCAAAAACAAAACUCCAAAAAUGCAAAAAAAAAAGGAUUUGAUACAUUUUAUCUUUUUUCAAUAAUUAGCAUUAUUAUUAUUAUUAUUAUAGCAUUUUUCACAAAUUGCUACUGUCAUUUCCAAAGUAUUAUCUAGAAAUGGAGAAGUGUGUGAGUGGGGUCCGGGGGCAUGCUCCCCCAGGAAAAUUUCAAAUAUUGACACAAAUUUGGGGUCCUCUGGUGCAAUCUUGGCAUGAAAAAGCAGUUGGGAGAAGCUCUUAAGAUGAGGUGAUUUCGGUAGCGAAUUUCUGAAAAAGGAAUCGGUCAACUCAAAUCAUUUCAAGAAUAUUGUUUUUAAGAUAAUGACGUCUUGCUCGCCGUAGACUCUGGUUCAUGUGCCAUCCUUCUCCUGCUUGACCUGAGUGCUGCAUUUGACACUAUAGACCACAAUAUUCUGUUGGCUCACCAACAUGACAAAGUAGGACUGCAAGGCCCAGUCCUGAACUGGUUUAGAUCCUAUUUGGAGGAUAGAACCUUUUGUGUUAAAGUAGGCAGCCAGUCUUCCUCCACUGCUGCAAGUAAAUAUGGUGUCCCCCAAGGAUCCAUUCUAGGCCCCCUGCUUUUCUCCCUUUACAUGCUGCCCCUGGGCUCUAUCCUCGAGAAGCAUAACAUUCAAUAUCACUGCUAUGCCGAUGAUACACAACUCUACCUUCCCUUCAUUCCAAAUUGCACUUCCACCCUCAACAAACUGUUUAGCUGUCUUGAGGAUAUUAAAUCUUGGAUGGCACGCAACUUUUUGCAACUUUAAUGAAAGCAAAACUGAAAUCAUUCUAUUUGGCUCCUCCUCCUCUGUUGCUAGCCUUGGUAAUGCACUUGGUCCUCAUUCGUCAAACCUACAUAGCGUAGUCAGAAAUCUGGGCGUUUUACUAGACAGCUCCUUAAAUUUCAACAAGCAAGUCAGUAGCGUGGUUAAAGGCAGCUUCUAUCAAUUAAGAACCAUAGCCAAGCUGAAACCCAUUCUAUCCCCAACAGACCUUGAAACAGUCAUCCAUGCAUUCAUCUCCUCCCGUUUAGACUACUGUAAUUCCCUGUACAUCACGGGCGAUUGCUCUAAGACAACGAGGGAGGCUCAGCCUCCUCUAAAAAUGACGAACAUCGUGUAGGAUGAAUUGCGCUAGGCUUAUGUUGUAGCCGACCUUAUAACAUUGCUAUUUCAGAUCCAGAAUCAUAGAAAUAUAUGUGCUCAACCCAACUACAGUGCGAAAUCAUUACGUUAUAAUUUUCCCCAGUUCGCCUAAUGUGUGCGUGAGUUUUUCCCCCUCGUGACAGCGCGAUGCAGCCCAGCCUCAGUGGACUUCAAUGGCAUUUGUGAGCUAUGCACUUUUCAAUCUCAAAAUGCAAGAUGGUUAUUGGACAAAUACUGCGAAAAUGCCCGCCCACGGGCUCCGAGCCUCACAGUGGGAGGGACGUGGCAGUUUCCGCGAGGAGACUGGUGAUUUGGUGAAAGCGGCCAGAUAUUUUCUUUGAUUGACAGCUCGUUUCAAAUAUAGACAGGCAGCGGUGAAUUUCAGUUCAGUCCCAUGCGGAUUCGCAAGUGCUGUGGUGUAUUCUAAGAGAUCAGCUUACAUUUCGGUUUCAUUCAUUACAUACGGUUUCUACCAGCUUUUUUUAGUUUGUAUAUAUUUUCAUUGUAAAUAAAGUGUAGUGUUGUCAAGUUUGCUAUCUUAGUUCCAGAAAUUUUGUUUAUUUGAGUGACUGAACUUGAACUUGAGGGGGCUAGUCAGCUAGCAAGAAAGCUGUGCACGGAUGCCAAGCAUUGCUGAUUUAAUUUUGGCGAAGCCAUUUGCCAGUCUUCCUUUCGAGGAAAAAAUUAAAAUUAAAGAGCAGGGUAGACCAACGCCUCAAAUUGACUUGGUGAAAAAGGUAGGGAAUAAUACUCGUUCCUUUCAGCUCUCCUGGUACGAGAAAGUGAAUUGGCUAACAGCAAGUGACCCACAUCAACAACAGUAAAUAGGCUACUUUAGUAAUAUGUCAUGGAUGGACCAAAAAUAUAGAAUCUAUUUAAAAUGUUUAUGCUGAGUAUAUUAUAUUGGAGUAUAUAUUUUUCUGGAUAUGAAUUAAACACAGCUACAAUUUGGAAAACAUUUUUAAACAAAAACACAGCCGAGAACAUUUCAUACUACAGACCUGGAUUAAAAGUGAAGGGUUAUCAAAAUUGUCAAUAAAACAUUUCUCAGUCAAAAUAAGUAAAAUAUAGGGAAAGUGUCAUUGAAUGAAAUGUGUCGCACCCAGCUCUAUGUUUGGCUCCCCGAGGUCAGUGCUUGUGCCUAUUCCAGAACACUCUGCUGUUACUGCUGAGGUUCCUGACAAAGAGCUGCUUUCAAUAAUCAAUUUUUAAACAACAUGCCACAAUUUUAAAAUAUAAAAUGUUAAAAUAUACCCCCCCCCCAACACCACCAUCAUGUAUAUUGGACAGUAGGCUAAUGGGCCAAAAGAACAUGUUAUUUCACAGUUUGUGACCCUGCCAACAAUCAGCCAGAUCAGAGGCAAGAGUAUGGGCAAAAUUGAUGCGUUUUUUUCUUUUAAAAUCUGGAAAUAUCGUAACCGACCAGCCUCCUGUUUGAAAGACUACCAGCCGCCACUGCUGUACAUAGGUGUGUCACAAUCAAAUCUCAACAAACUCCAGCUUGUACAGAAUGCUGCUGCCAGGCUCCUUACCAACACAAAAAAGAGGGAACACAUUACGCCGAUUUUAGCUCAGCUCCACUGGCUUCCAGUUAAAUUCAGAAUUGAGUUUAAAAUUUUACUUUUUGUUUUUAAAGCCCUUAAUGGUUUAGCCCCACCAUACAUUUCUGAACUUCUGCACCCAGGUCACUCAGGUCACAAAAUCAAUCACUCCUUACCAUCCCACAUUCACGCCUCAAAACCCAUGGUGACCGAGCUUUCUCUGUAGCUGCUCCAAAGCUUUGGAAUACCCUCCCUCCACACAUCAGAUCCUCCCCUACAAUUACCUCUUUUAAAUCCAAUCUUAAGACCUAUUUUGUCUCGCUUGUUUUUAAUUCAGACUGACAUCUGGUUUUAUUUUAUUUACUUACUUAUUUUUGUUGUUGUUGUGCCACCAAUAACCACACAUAAUCUUGUGUAAAUAUAUGGUGUUAUUGCCCAUGUUAAGAUUCCUUAGCUAACUUUUUUGUGAAGCACUUUGGCUCAACCCCUGUUGUUUUUAAAUGACUUGACUAUUCUUUAUUUUUUGCCAUUUUAUAGCACAUGUAGCCUUUGUGCCUAAUUGUGCAAUCCUGAUUAGCAUGGUGUGAUACAUUGGUAAUGGCUGUCCCAACCGCCGAAGCUAACGUUUUGAGCGUGUGUAAACAUUGGACAGGAUUCUACAGAAUAUCUGAAGUAGCUGGUUUUAAAAAAAAAAGUAGUAGGCGGCUAAUGCUAGUGGGGGCUAUCCCCCCAAAAAAAUUUUGAAAAUUACAUGCCUUCUGGUGCGUUCUCAGCGAAUGCUAACCAUUUCCCUGUAAAAUACUUGCAAAAUAUGUAUGAAAUUUCCCUCCAUGUGUGUGCGCACGCACGUGCUUGGCUUUCUCAAUUCCCCUCUGAUGUACGCUGCCUGGCUCUGUAACAUAACUACAUGCACUAUGGCAUGGUCCAGGCUCAGCCAAUCCAAGCGUGAGAAUUGAUCAACAAAUAUAGCGCCGCUUCCGGUCAUGACUUGAAUCGAAGACAAUUUCGUGGUGACAUAAUUGGAUUUGCAGCAAAUGAUGGGCAGUGGAGACGACGUAAAUUGCUUGAACUUUGAAAGGCAAGUUUUUGUUUUUUUCUGGGCUUGAGUAGCCGGUGCAGACUGUCUCUGUAGGUGGAGAAAACUGCCGGUCACCGGUGCUUCUGGACAUCUCCGAUUAAAGAUUUCACAUAGGUCUCAGAUGAGGUUGCAUGAAAAGUUCUGUGGCUUCCUCAAAUGGGAAGCCCUCAAUGGCUAUCCUGGCGCAGCUUAGAUGAAGAAGGCAGUCUAAUGUACAGAUGCUGAGUUGGUUAUGAAGGCCAACCUUUAUUCUGUUGCUACAGCUGAACCUGGCUGUAGUAUGAAACAAGGAUUAUGGUUGGUUGCUGUGCCGUGCGUUGGCCAAUGGGCGCACGCGAUCAGUUCUGAGCAGCAAAUCGCAUCCCGUUUCAGAAAUAAGGGAGAGUAAACAUUGUACCGGAGAAAGAAAAACACACGUGGGAUGCAGAUUUAUUGUGAUGUUCGGGCUCCCCACUCGUCCAUUGGCGUUUAUUUUGAUCUGCCAGUGCAUCUAACGUUGCUUGUUUUUGUUUCAUUGUAAUUUUCUCAGAUAGGAAUUUUGAAGCCCGUCGUUGCAAAAAAUUACCCGUUGGCUGUCAAAGAUGGGUCGACGGGUCUCUAGAUAACACAGAGGUCAUUUCGCUGGUUUGUUUACAUUUUAAGCGGAAAUGAUUUUGUCAGACGUUUUGUAUAAUGUAUCAAAUUUGCAAAAAAAUAAAAAUACUCUUUCUCAAAAUCCAGUGAAAUGUGGAUAGAAUAAAAGUUAUUCUACUCACUUUUGUCAUACAUGGCUUAUAGCCAGCUUGGUGCUACGCACCUUGUCGGGUAUCUGCUCAUGUACGACUCGAUUUUGUGGAAUAACUGUUUAUAUAUUUACGACUGUCUGCAUCACAAGUACAUGACCCGAGACUUUCUAUAUCAAGAUACCAGGUGUUAAGUUUAAGUAAAGAUAACAAAUACUCCUCCAUGUUAAUAUUUAUUUAGUGAUGCGUCAGCCAAUAUGCAGAAGCCACAUGGGUAACAGUAACCAGCCAACUCCAACCGAUUCUUCUCCAGCUUGUACAAUCACCAUUAGCACCAAAACCCUGUUUUCCAAGACCCAAAUCAUCACCCCACAGAAUGCAUCAAACUACAUUUCAGUGAACAGGCUACACGUUUCCGUAGUCACCUUAAUGCAUUUAGGUUACAUUGUUAACAAUGAAAAUGAAUACAUCCGUAAAUAUUAUGUGAAAAAUAACAGAUGUGAGUCAUUAGAUGAUUUAAAGACAUGCACUAUCAGCUUCCUGGAUGACCUGUUGGAUGCUGCUCAGCUGAAACUGUUGAUUCUGGAAAUGAGAGAGAGAGAGCGUGCAGCACAGAAGCCCAGAGCUUUCCUCACAGUUGACUUUAGACUUAAUUCGGCUAGUCUGAAAUAUUUUCAUGCUAACAAACUCAAUUUAGCCUCCUUUCUUUAUCGUUCUGACAAGUGUAUAGCUCUCCACAUCAGCGACGAGCGAAUGGAUUAGUUCUCUAAUCUGUGUAACCCCUAGUGCUUAAUAUUUGAUGUGAAGUUAGUUUGUUUUACUAACCAUCUCCACUGUAGAGCUCAUCUGUCCAAAAGCGAUUAUUCCAGACAUGAUGAGCUUAGUUUAAAUGUAGCAGCCAUUGUAAUCGGAGGCUCUUCCUUUCUUGGCUACUCUCCCAUAAAAGCAAACUAUGAUCAGCAUUUUUCAGAUAUUACAGUUAUGAACUUCAGCGUUCUUCACAAACUAAGGCCUGAAGAUGCUUACAUGUUGCUCUUACCCCUAUGAUUUCUUUGACAAACAGUCUGGCCUUGGGGUCAGUUUGUUAAGAAUUCUUCUUAAGAUACAGGAGAUCGCUAAACCACAAGCUGCUGGAAUCUUUCGCAGUGUUCUCCCAGAGCGGUUUUGCGUUUCUGGGCCGACCCGCCUUAAUUUCAUGCUGACAUGCUAUUUUUUUGCUCCGACACUUGCUGGAAAAUUGUGUCCAGUUCCUAUCUUGUGAUGUUUGGGGCAUAUUUUCAAGGAAAAUCUGUGUUUUGGGCCGGUUUGCUGGAAUAAUGCACUCAGGCAGACUGGAAAUACCUCUGGGAAAUCCCCAGUCACAACACCACCCUCGAUCAUUUUGCUACUGCACUGGUACCAUGACGCUUCAGUACGUGGUCGAGCUCGUGGUUUAUGGUUUUUGUGUGGUGGGUAUACAUCUCCAUGUUUCAAUCAUGCCGAAGAAAGGCGUGAAUGGCGCUCAGCGUCCCAUGGGUUUGUAUUUUUGACAGCUAAAUGAGAGUAGGACAGAAGAUCCAGAAAGAGAAGAGGAAAGAAGUGAAACUGAAGUUUGAAGUAUUAAGUAGGCCCAAGUAUAAAAGUGCUACUCAAGAUUGUGGCAUUUGUGCAGUAAAUGCAGUCUUCAGGGGUUUUUUUUUUUAACCCCCCCCCCUUUCAACUGCAACAGAACUCCUUUAAACUUUUGGUUAGUGGUGUUCUGGCAGUGGUUCCAGUAAUAAAACAGCAUUAUUAUAUUCUACAUUGUUGUCAGAUGAUGACUUUAUUUGUUGCUCAUGUGAAACCCAUGCUGCAAACCACCGUAUCACAGACCUCCACUUGUAGCAACCUUUUCAACCAUAUUAACAGUAAAAAGUGUCAGUGCCACUAUAAAAUGCUCUUAAAAGUCACCACUUGCCAACAAAUGGGCUCCCUUUUAUCAAAAUUUUCCAGGGGAGCCCCUCUCCAAACAAGAGGGGGGGAACCCCCCUCUCAUACUCUUCCUCCGCGCGCCUUUGGCGGGCUGCCCAAAAGUUAUGGCUUUUAUUUUAAUCCUGGGGAGAAUACGGUUUUGUUUCAUUGCAUGGUGUGAACAUGCUGUAGUUUGAAAGAUUGAUUCUAGACUACUAGACUGCCAAGAGUUUUGUUUUUAUAGACAUGGCCACACCUCCUGAUGAUCAGCUAAUCAGGUAUUUUUGAUGAUUAGCAGUUAAUAAUAAUAAUAAUUCUCGCUGACUGUUAUAAUUUACGUGGACACACACAGAGGGUACUUACUUUUGCCCACGCUAUUUUUGUCCUAUUGCAGGUUGGCUGACGUAUCAAAUUUUCAAUACGGUUGUCAAUAAAAUACAGUAGCCGUACAACAUUAUUUCCUUGUAUAUCGCAAAUAAGGAUGGGAUAAUGUUCUGAUGACGUAAUAUGACGUUCUGCGGUGUAGACAAUGUGCUAAUCCAGAGAAUAGGCACGUAACGACUCACCCAAUUCACAAUUCGAUUCCAUUCACAAUGUCUGGUUCAUGAUUCAAUUUUCCUCACAAUAUUUUUGAAAAACAAAAAUGAAUCUUUUUAUUUCUAGAAAAUGCAACAUUUAUUUUCUUAUUCUUUAUCAACGUAUUCCUUUUGUUAAAGUAAAAAUGUUUGUUGAUAUGAAGAAAAUAAAACAAUACUUUACCCAUGUUUUGACUAAACACACAUUAAGUAAAAUAUUCCUUUUAUGAAAAAUGAAGGUCAACAAAUCGGCCUUUUCGUAGUAAACUUUUAUUAAAUAUAAUGUGGGGGGGAUAUAGCUAUCGCUCUGUCCGUCCGUAAACAUUUUAGUUUGCGGAGCACAACUCAGAAACUAUUAGGAAGUAUUUUUCACGAAACCUGACAGUUAAGUGACUAGAGGAGUUGUGCCUUUUGACAUUUUGGGAGUUCUGUGAUUUUCUUCAACUGCAGUCCUAAAGUUAGCAAGUCAACUGUAGUCCUCAGCCAUAAAAGCAUCCAGGUGUCCUCCAGGUGUGACUUUCAACUGUCCACAUGGGGCCGUCCUCCACAGGAGCGAUGCGAUGGGACUCCAACCAGACACGGCACCAGGAUGGAUCAGGCAGGUCUGAGGGGCAGAAGAGGCCAGCAUCUCGAUCCCAGGACCAACAUGUACCUCAGAGGGACAGAUUUUUUUUUUUGGGGGGGGGGAGAAAACACAGGUUGUUAGGUAUGGCCCAGUGUCACCUGAAUAAGUAGGAACAGUAUACAUUUUGCGCUGAGUACAAGCAGGGACUCCGGCAACUAACUAUGACAGCAUAACUAAAAGGGGAGAGCCAGAAGGUAACACAGGCAUGAGGGAGUCCCGGGACAUAAAGCAGCAGCCACUACACCGUCAACAAACUCGAAUCAGCAAGCGAGUGGGGACUGACAGCAUCCAUACAUCCCAGUUUACCAAAACACACUGUCUGAGGACCCUCCAGAUCUACUCCUUUACCUCAUAAACACCAUUAACAAAAGGCUUGACUAAACAGAUAUGUUUUCAGCCUUGACUUAAACGCUGAGACUGUGUCUGAUUCCCGAACACUACUUGGAAGGCUGUUCCAUAACUGUGGGGCUUUGUAAGAAAAGGCUCUGCCCCCUGAUGUAGCCUUCACUAUAUGAGGUACCAGCAGAUAGCCUGCACCUUUUGAUCUAAGUAGGCGUAGCGGUUCCUAGAGGAGCAGAAGUUCACUCAGGUACUGUGGUGCGAGACCAUUUAGUGCUUUAAAGGUCAAUAGUAGUAUUUUAUAAUCAAUACGAAAUUUAACUGGGAGCCAAUGCAGUGUGGAUAAGAGGGGUGAUGUGGUCAUAUUUUCUAGUUCUAGUAAGGACUCUUGCUGCUGCAUUUUGAACUAACUGGAGCAUGUUUAUGCACUUAUUGGAACAUCCAGACAGUAAGGCAUUAUAAUAAUCCAACUUGGAGGUAACAAAAGCAUGAACUAGUUUUUCUGCGUCAUGUAGUGACAUUAAGUUUCUUAUCUCAGCAAUAUUUCUGAGAUGAAAGAAAGCUAUCCGGGUAAUGUUAUCAAUGUGAGUUUAGAAUGAAAGACUGGGGUCAAUAAUCACUCCGAGGUCUUUUACUGCUGCACGGGAAGAAACAGAAAGGCCAUCCAGAGUUACUGUGGAAUCAGAAAACUUGCUUCUAGCUGUAUGUGGUCCUAGCACAAGUACUUCAGUCUUGUCAGAGUUAAGCAGAAGGAAAUUAAUAAGCAUCCAGUGUCUAAUGUCCUUCACACGUUCCUCAAUUCUAUUAAGCUGGUGUCUCUCAUCAGGUUUUGCAGAAACAUACAACUGUGUGUCAUCAGUAUAACAGUGGAAACUAAUACAAUGUUUACGAAUAAUAUCACCCAGAGGUAAUGUAUAUAAAGAAAAAAGCAGUGGACCCAAGACAGAACCUUGUGGAACACCAAACUUUACCUCAGUAUAUCUAGAAAAAUCACCAUUUAUAUCAACAUACUGAUAGCGAUCAGUUAAAUAAGAGCUGAGCCAGGAGAGGGCCGUUCCCUUCACUCCCACAACAUUUUCUAGUCUAUCCAGAAGAAUGGAAUGAUCAGUGGUAUCAAAUGCUGCACUAAGGUCAAGCAACACAAGCAGUGAGACACAGCCCUGAUCAGACGCCAACAGUAGGUCGUUUACUACUUUAACCAAAGCUGUCUCUGUGCUAUGAUGAGGUCUAAAUCCUGACUGAUACAUUUCAUGGAUGUUAUUCCUAUGUAAAUAUGAGCAUAACUGCUGUGCCACAGCUUUUUCAAGGAUCUUGGAGAUAAAGGGGAGGUUUGAUAUUGGCCGAUAAUUGGACAGCUGACAGGGAUCAAGGUCAGGUUUUUUAAUCAGGGGUUUGAUAAUUGCUAAUUUAAAGGAUUUGGGUGCAUAGCCAAUCCUAAGAGAAGAAUUUAUUAUUUUUAGAAGCGGUUCAAUUACUUCAGGUAUUAUCUGUUUGAAUAGAUGUGUAGGUAAGGGAUCUAGUACACAAGUUGAGGCUUUUGAUGCGGAGAUUAAUGAAAGUAAUUCAGUUUCUCUAAGGGGAGUAAAACAUUCUAAUUGCUGAUCUGAUACAGUUAUAUUGUUAACUACAGGGUCACUUGCAUUGUCUGACCUUAAAUUAGUAGUUUGAAUUUUUUGUCGGAUAUUCUCAAUUUUGUCAUUAAAAAAAUUCAUGAAGUCGUUGCUACUACAUACUGCAGGUGUGCAUGUGUCUAUAGUGGACUUAUUCCUGGUUAAUUUUGCCACAGUAUUAAAUAGGAAUCUAGGGUUAUUUUUGUUAUCUUCUAUUAGGGAGAAGAGAUAUGUUGAUCUCGCAGCACUAAGAGCUUUUCUAUACUUCAGGAAGCUCUCCUUUCACGCUAAUUUGAACACUACCGAUUUUGUUUGAUGCCAUUUACGUUCCAAUUUUCGAGUGGUCUGUUUUAAAGUGCGAGUGUCAAUUAUACCAGGGUGCUAAUUUUUUUUUGUCUCUGACCAUUUUCCAUUUAAGAGGAGCUACAUUAUCUAAAGUAUGGCGGAACGUUGACUCUAAGCAUUCAGUUGCCUGAUCAAGUUCUGCAGGGGCUGACAGUGACCCAAUCAAAGUUGAUAACUCUGGGAGAUCAUUUAUAAAGCUCUGUGCAGUAGUUGACAUGAAUGUACGUUUAAUACAGUAGCGUGGUGAGGUGCAUAUAUUAUUACUCAGACAUAUUUUGAAUGAGAUGAGAUAAUGAUCUGAUAACUUGAGACUGUAGAAGUAUGACCUAUAUUUUCUACGUUUGACCCGAAUGUUAGUAUUAGAUCGAGGGUGUGACCACCAUUAUGGGUCGGUCCUAUGACAUUCUGAUUAAUCCCUACUGAAUCUAGAAUGGACACAAACGCUGUUUUCAAAGGGUCUUCUGGGUUAUCGAAGUGAAUAUUAAAAUCUCCGACAACUAAAGCUUUGUCUAAGGAAAUAACCAGAUCUGAGAUAAAAUCUGCAAAUUCAGAAAGAAACUCAGAAUAUGGCCCCGGGGCCUGUAAAUAAUAAGUAAUGGAAUUAACUGGGUAGACUUAUUUUUCGAGGCUACAUACAUUAUAUAUAAAAAAGAAAGCGACAGUACAAUAAAAAUGAAGAGGAUACUGGAAAAUUAUUUGUAGAAAAAAAAUGUAUAAAAAAAGAUUAGUAAUUAACGCCAACACUCGCGGAAAAAAAAGACCAAGAAGUGCGUAGCACAGAAUGCGCAUGCGCCAAGUGACGUGUAUUCCUGCGAUUGUACAUCAUUGUGCCCUCUGCUGUCUAAACAACACAAUUACAGCUAUAAAAAAAAAAAACUAAGCUUAUGCAGCCUAAUAAUAAAUUUUUUUUUUUCAAUUGAGGGUCAUAAAUUUUGUAUUAUGAUUUAUCGUUACAUGCCUAAUAGAGAACGUUACAGGACUCUGGUUGUAUUAUUUGAAUUUUUCCAUUCACUCGUGUGAUGUAAUUGUCCUUUCCCCUUCAGUGAGUGAGUUUGUGCGUGUAUGUGAAUUUUAUUGGAGUUUGAUCAGAGCACUGCUUUAACUAAAAUGCAGAACAGGAUUGAGCUUCCGUAUCACUGUAGCAAGGAGUCAAAAUUCAUCAAUGCUAUGGCUGAACUAUAAAUGUUGGCGCCUUGGUUAAAAUUAGUAUUAUUUUUCAUAUGCUUUAGUUUUUUUAUUAUUGUUGUUAUUAAGGACAUUUAUACGUUCAGUAUUAUAAGUACAAAAAUUUUUACAAAGGAAAAAAAAUUCACACCUUGAUGUACAAACAUUACUCUGGUGGGAGUCAUGCUGGUUAUGAUUAUUCCCUCACGCUGGCCCAAGACUCGGUACUGGAGCCGUGUACAUUUGCAUUGCAUGUUAUUCCGAAUACUACAAGGAGACGGGUUGGAGAUGGAUAAAGUCUCCUUAUGAAGUCGUGCCUAGUGAUCCAUAGCUUGGGAACUGAAUAGACAAAGCGGUCUGCCAAAAGCAAAUCACAGCUUCUUUUUUUCUUUAAAGAGUUUAAUCCAAAGCUUUGCGACAGACAUCAUCAUCAUGACUCUACACCUUCCAAAAGAUGAAGGGUUUGAUCAUGCCAUGAAUAUAUAAAUGUAUCACCAAAUUUGGAUUGCACUGUGGAGGAAGGAAUUUUUUUUUUUAAAGAUCUGUUUCUUGUCCUACUUUCUACCUGGACAUACCAGACAAUCUGUAAUGCAUGAAUUCAUCACGUCUUUUGAAUUGUGAAUUAACGUCUCGAUCAUAAGUUGUCAUUUUGAAAAUUAGGAAGUUUAUUUAUGGAUGUGUAAAUGUUUUUUUUUUUUUUUUUUAAAUGAAGGUGUGAAACUGUAGAUGAAGACGCUGUGUUAUUUUCUCUGCAUCUUUCACUGUGCUGUUGUAACUGGAAGUAGUCACUCAGUAAUCUCUUCUCGAGUAGACAUCGUGUGUUUGUUUUUAUUACUAACAAAUAUGAUCAUGUACUCUAUGCAGAAAUGGUACUUUGUAACUUUUUGGUUACUUUAUUUUUCUUACAGCAUUUAGUUUUGGUUUGUGGCCAAAAUAAUUUUUACUGUAACAGGCCUUGUGUUUUGGUUUGCGUAGUGAUGUCUGUAAGUGUGAUGAAGGAAUAAACUGCAGGCAGGA